UGUAAGUCGCAACUUCUUUACAAACACCGAAAUGGUGGCUUCUUCUUCUGGAUAUCGGUGAGUGUUGUCUGUGCAAGACAACAACUAUAAUAAUCAAGCACCAACCACAACCAUACCUUCUCUUCUCUGCAACUACUUGUUAGCUCACCCAACAUUCAUCCAUGGCUCUCACUCUUUCCAAUCUUCAACCUCGCUUCUCAUCUCCUCUUCACCACACACAAACAUCUCUCAACACUCGUCCCAAACUCCUCCAUUUACCCCCCAAAACCAAACUCCAAUUCUCUCUCUCUUCGUCUAAUCGGCGAUUGAAUUACAUUCUUCCCCCAAAAUCUGCCUCCAUUAAUGGGUUUUCUGUGCAAAACAAUCCAGAGGGGUCUUCGAGAGACUACGGAGAAGAAAAUGUUGAGUUUGGUGAGAGGCUGCGGAGGUGGGCUGGUUUUCUUCGAUCAAUUUUGCCUGGUGGAAGCUGGUGGAGCUUCUCUGAAGACGUUGAAGUGGGACUUGUUGCAAAACCGGUGACUGUCGUGCGAGCGCUUCAGAGAAUGUGGCAACUGAUCGCCCAAGAUCGUUUGGUUAUUAUCGCGGCUUUUUCUGCCCUAGUUCUUACAGCGCUUUCCGAGAUUUCCAUACCACAUUUCUUGACGGCAUCAAUCUUUUCCGCACAGAGUGGUGAAAUCAUGGUGUUCCACCGGAAUGUGCGCCUUUUAGUUCUACUAUGUUUCACUUCUGGAAUUUGCAGUGGCGUACGAGGUUGCUGUUUUGGCAUCGCAAAUAUGAUCCUUGUCAAGCGAAUGAGGGAAACCUUAUAUUCCACUCUUCUUUUUCAGGAUAUUUCCUUUUUUGACUCUGAAACAGUUGGUGAUUUGACAAGUAGGCUUGGGGCAGAUUGUCAGCAAGUAGCACGUGUUAUUGGAAAUGAUCUUAAUUUAAUACUACGCAAUGGUCUUCAGGCGACAGGUGCAAUGAUUUACUUGUUGAUUUUAUCAUGGCCACUUGGAUUAUGUACAUUGGCAAUAUGCACUACUCUAUCAACCAUAAUGCUGUUAUAUGGCCGGUACCAGAAGAAAACAGCAAAGUUGAUUCAAGAGUUCACUGCUUCUGCAAAUGAAGUUGCACAAGAGACAUUAUCUUUGAUUAGAACAGUUCGUGUUUAUGGAACGGAGAAGCAAGAACUUGGAAGAUACAACCAUUGGUUGGGAAAAUUAGCUGAUAUAAGUUUGCGACAAAGUGCCGCAUAUGGAUUUUGGAACCUCAGCUUCAACACUCUCUAUCACUCAACACAGGUUAUUGCAGUGCUAAUAGGAGGAAUGUCUAUUCUGGCUGGUACCAUAACGGCAGAGCAACUUACAAAGUUCCUAUUGUACAGUGAAUGGCUGAUUUAUUCGACAUGGUUUGUGGGGGACAAUUUGUCAUCAUUGAUGCAAUCUGUUGGGGCAAGUGAAAAAGUCUUCCAAUUGAUGGAUCUUUUACCUACUGACCAGUUCCAAUCUGAAGGUUUAAAGUUGCCAAGGCUGUUGGGACAUAUUGAGUUUGUGAAUGUAUCGUUUUAUUACCCUUCAAGAGCAAUGGUACCUGUACUACAACAUGUAAACAUUUCAGUGUGUCCUAAUGAAGUGGUUGCAAUUGUCGGUCUUAGUGGUAGUGGAAAAAGCACUCUUGUGAAUCUUCUCCUUCAUAUUUAUAAGCCAACAGGUGGUCAGAUUCUAAUUGAUGGAUUCCCUCUUAAAGACCUAAAUAUCAAGUGGUUGAGGGAAAGAAUUGGAUUUGUGGGACAGGAACCCCGACUUUUCCGGAUGGAUAUUAGUUCAAACAUAAGGUAUGGAUGUACCCGAGAUGUGAAGCAGGAGGACGUGGAGUGGGCUGCCAAGCAGGCAUAUGCUCACGACUUCAUCUUAUCUCUUCCUAAUGGUUACAAAACACUUGUUGAUAACAAUUUGCUCAGUGGAGGACAAAAGCAACGAAUUGCCAUUGCUCGGGCCAUACUUCGGGACCCAAACAUUUUGGUUCUUGAUGAAGCCACUAGUGCUCUAGAUGCAGAGAGUGAAUACAAUAUCAAGGCUGUUCUUCGUGCUGUUAGAACUGACCUCAAGACGAAGAGAACUGUCAUAGUGAUUGCACACAGACUUUCCACAAUUCAAGCUGCUGACAGAAUAGUGGUAAUGGAUGGUGGUCAAAUUGUUGAGAUGGGCAACCACAUGGAGCUUAUCUUGAAAGAUGGCCUGUAUGCACAAUUGACCAGAAGACAGGCUGAUGCUGUAGCGUGAUCUAGGAGUUGAUAUACUUGAAAUUCCAGUAUAUUCUUCCUCAACUGCAUUUACCGUGUGAUUCAAUACAGAGGUCCAACAAAAAUGUGGACUUUUACGGAAAGAGAAAAUGAUGGGAUACCAUUGAAGCAGUUGCAGUGCAGUGCAGCCAUCUCUAUAUGAAGACUGCAAGGCAGCUUCCUGCAUAGUCUGCUACAUCAUGUUUUCCCUUCUUUCUUUGUUUACUUUUUCUUUAUUAAAAAGGAAAAAGAAAAAGAAGAAAAUCUUAGAUGAGGGGCAAAUAACUCAAAUAACUCAAAAAGCCUGAGUUACUAAUUGAGAUACAUUUCCGCUGUUUUUUUUAUCUUAUACUAGUAGUCUUCUUCUUCUUCUUCUUCUUUAUCUUCUUUUAUUUUUAAAUAAAUAUUAGCAUCUGUUGAAAUAAACAGAGAGAAAUAAGCAUCCAUGAGGAGAUUUGGUCAA